GUGGCUCUCCCGGCCAUGCGGUGCAGGCGGGAACGGCUCCCGGAGCUGCCCUGGGACACGCGCGACAUGGACUCCGGGUGGAAAACCAGGAGCCUGCUAUCGGGAGCCCGUGAGACCCGGGUCGUGGAGGCCAGCACCCUUCAGCAGGAGAGGCUGCAGGCCAUCGCGGAGAAGCGGAAACGUCAGACGGAGAUCGAGAACAAAAGGCGGCAGCUCGAGGACGACAGGCGGCAGCUGCAGCAUCUCAAGUCCAAGGCUCUGCGGGAGAGAUGGCUGCUGGAAGGAGCCCCCACCUCAGCCUCCGAGGAGGACGAGGCCAUGAAGAAGCAGAUGCAGGAGGAUGAGGUGAAGACCAAGGAGCUGGAGGAAACCAUCCAGAGGCUGGAGAAGGAGCUGGAGACGCUGGAGAACGGCAGCUCAGCAGCUUCCACCAAGGAGAACCUGGCGGAGGUGGCAGCGCCGGCCAAGGAGGAGAAGGCAGAGUCCAUCCCCAACGCACAGAAGAGUCCCCUGGGCACGGUCAAGGCCGAGAAGAAGGUCUCCAGCAGCCCCAUGAAGGCGGUGGAAGGCACUGACAUGAUGAAGGCAGCCAUGUACUCGGUGGAGAUCACGGUGGAGAAGGACAGAGUGACUGGGGAGACCAAGGUCCUGUCCAGCACCACCCUUCUCCCCCAGAACCACUGUCUGCAGGGGGUCAAGGUGUACGAGGACGAGCUGAAAGUGGUGCACGCGGUGAGCGCCGAGGACGGGGCCCUGCAGAACGGCGCCCACCCCCUCAGCUCCUCCGAGGUCGACGAGCUGCUGCACAAGGCGGACGAGGCCACCACCCUGAGCGAAGCCCCGGCCAAGGCGGGCGAGGGGGCCGGCAGCGCCCCGGGCAGCCAGAAGCCCACGCCACGGCGGGAGAUCGUGGGGCUGCAAGCCAAGCCGCGGGAGAGCACGGCCGCCAUGCCGGCGGGCGAGGGGACGGAGCCGAGCCGCGAGCAGCCCGUCACCAUGAUCUUCAUGGGCUACCAGAACGUGGAGGAUGAGGACGAGACCAAGAAGGUGCUGGGGCUGGAGGGCACCAUCAAGGCCGAGCUGGUGGUGAUCGAGGAUGCCGAGAGCAACACCGGGGAUGUCCAUCACAGCGCCUGCCGAGCCCCCGUGGGCAGCAGCGACCACGGCCCCACUCGCCCCAUCUCUGCCCGCCCCACGCCGCACCCCACCAGUGCUGCCCGGGAUAUUUAUUAG